AUGAAACCUCUUCUACCUGAUGACUUACCACCUGAUCUGAAAAAUAUGUUAAGUAGAUGCCUCAGCGAUGCAGCUCAAGAAAGACCAAGUUUUGAAGAAAUCGUGAAGAUGUUUUCCUCUUUAAAGAGCAGUUCUUGGUUCCAAAAAGUCGAUGAAAGCCAAUGGAGUGAAUUAUGCCUUCAAUGGAACUCUUUUGCAGAAACAGAAGUAAAACGUGAAAAGAAUGAAAUGGAUGAGUAUGUAAAACAAAUCUUGGAGAUGUCGAAGGCGAUGAAAGUGCCGACAGCAGCACUUUGUAUGAUUCCGAUUAGAGAGCGUUUUUUAAAUGACGUCAACCAGGAUUAA